AUGGUCAACCCAUCUACUGCCCCAUGGUCACUCCAUCUACUUCCCCAUGGUCACUCCAUGUACUGUCCCAUGCUCAACCCAUCUACUGCCCCAUGGUCAACCCAUCUACUGCCCCAUGGUCACUCCAUCUACUGCCCCAUGGUCAACCCAUCUACUGCCCCAUGGUCACUCCAUCUACUGCCCUAUGGUCACUCCAUCUACUGCCCUAUGGUCACUCCAUCUACUGCCCCAUGCUCAACCCAUCUACUGCCCCAUGGUCAACCAAUCUACUGCCCCAUGGUCACUUCAUCUACUGCCCCAUGGUCAACCCAUCUACUGCCCCAUGGUCAACCCAUCUACUGCCCCAUGGUCACUCCAUCUACUUCCCCAUGGUCACUCCAUCUACUGCCCCAUGCUCAACCCAUCUACUGUCCCAUGCUCAACCCAUCUACUUCCCCAUGGUCACUCCAUCUACUUCCCCAUGGUCACUCAAUCUACUGCCCCAUGGUCAACCCAUCUACUGCCCCAUGGUCACUCCAUGUACUGUCCCAUGCUCAACCCAUCUACUUCCCCAUGGUCACUCCAUCUACUGCCCCAUGCUCAACCCAUCUACUUCCCCAUGGUCACUCCAUGUACUGUCCCAUGCUCAACCCAUCUACUGCCCCGUGGUCACUCCAUCUACUGCCCCAUGGUCAACCCAUCUACUGCCCCAUGGUCAACCCAUCUACUGCCCCAUGGUCAACCCAUCUACUGCCCCAUGGUCACUCCACCUACUUCCCCAUGGUCACUCCAUCUACUGUCCCAUGGUCAACCCAUCUACUGCCCCGUGGUCACUCCAUCUACUGCCCCAUGGUCAACCCAUCUACUGCCCCAUGGUCAACCCAUCUACUGCCCCAUGGUCAACCCAUCUACUGCCCCAUGGUCAACCCAUCUACUGCCCCAUGGUCACUCCAUCCACAGCCCUACGGUCAACCCAUCUACUGCCCCAUGGUCAACCCAUCUACUGCCCCAUGGUCAACCCAUCUACUGCCCCAUGGUCACUCCAUCUACUUCCCCAUGGUCACUCCAUCUACUGUCCCAUGGUCAACCCAUCUACUGCCCCGUGGUCACUCCAUCUACUGCCCUACGGUCAACCCAUCUACUGCCCCAUGGUCAACCCAUCUACUGCCCCAUGGUCACUCCAUCUACUUCCCCAUGGUCACUCCAUCUACUGCCCCAUGGUCAUUGCAUCUACUGCCCCAUGGUCACUCCAUCUACUUCCCCAUGGUCACUCCAUCUACUGUCCCAUGGUCAACCCAUCUACUGCCCCAUGGUCACUCCAUCUACUUCCCCAUGGUCACUCCAUCCACAGCCCUACGGUCAACCCAUCUACUGCCCCAUGGUCACUCCAUCUACUUCCCCAUGGUCACUCCAUCUACUGCCCCAUGGUCAUUGCAUCUACUGCCCCAUGGUCACUCCAUCUACUGCCCCAUGGUCAACCCAUCUACUGCCCCAUGGUCAACCCAUCUACUGCCCCAUGGUCAACCCAUCUACUGCCCCAUGGUCACUCCAUCUACUUCCCCAUGGUCACUCCAUCUACUUCCCCAUGGUCACUCCAUCUACUGCCCCAUGGUCAACCCAUCUACUGCCCCGUGGUCACUCCAUCUACUGCCCCAUGGUCAACCCAUCUACUGCCCCAUGGUCAACCCAUCUACUGCCCCAUGGUCAACCCAUCUACUGCCCCAUGGUCAACCCAUCUACUGCCCCAUGGUCACUCCAUCCACAGCCCUACGGUCAACCCAUCUACUGCCCCAUGUUCAACCCAUCUACUGCCCCAUGGUCAACCCAUCUACUGCCCCAUGGUCAACCCAUCUACUGCCCCAUGGUCAACCCAUCUACUGCCCCAUGGUCACUCCAUCCACAGCCCUACGGUCAACCCAUCUACUGCCCCAUGGUCAACCCAUCUACUGCCCCAUGGUCAACCCAUCUACUGCCCCAUGGUCACUCCAUCUACUUCCCCAUGGUCACUCCAUCUACUGUCCCAUGGUCACCCCAUCUAAUGGCCCAUGGUCACUCCAUCUACUUCCCCAUGGUCAACCCAUCUACUGCCCCAUGGUCAUUCCAUCUACUGCCCCAUGGUCACUCCAUCUACUUCCCCAUGGUCACUCCAUCUACUUCCCCAUGGUCAACCCAUCUACUGCCCCAUGGUCACUCCAUCUACUGUCCGACGGUCAACCCAUCUACUGGCCCAUGGUCAACCCAUCUACUGCCCCAUGGUCAACCAAUCUACUUCCCCAUGGUCAACCCAUCUACUGCCCCAUGGUCAACCCAUCUACUGUCCCAUGGUCAACCCAUCUACUGCCCCAUGGUCACCCCAUCUACUGCCCCAUGGUCACUCCAUCUGCUGCCCCAUGGUCAACCCAUCUACUGCCCCAUGGUCAACCCAUCUACUUCCCCAUGGUCAACCCAUCUACUGCCUCAUGGUCAACCCAUCUACUGUCCCAUGGUCAACCCAUCUACUUCCCCAUGGUCACUCCAUCUACUUCCCCAUGGUCACUCCAUCUACUGCCCCAUGGUCAUUCCAUCUACUGCCCCAUGGUCACCUUAUCUACCACCAGGGCUGGGGCUACCUAUAAGGCGAACUAG